GAUUUCAUAAAUCAUGGCUGAAACACCAGUCUCCAGGAUUGAUAUGAAACAUGGAUUCAUGAAAAGUAUCAUAAGGAAUCAAGUUGACAGGAACACAUAUGAUAAAGAAGUUAGAGCAAAGAAGGGAAUGUCAAAAACAGCCAAACAUUCUGGGUCCAGACACAAGAAACCUGAAGCCAGUGUCUACAUUCCUCCCAUGAGGCAGCAGAAAGAUGAAAAUGUGAAAGAAGAAAUGUUUUGUCUGGAGUUUGAAGACAAAAAUGGGGAAGUUUACAACUUCACUAUCUACAAGUGUGAUAAAGCCGGGGCAGUUGCUAGAAGAAUUGGCCAAGAAGCACACUUACCUCCUCUAUUUGUUGUUGCGCUGGAAGAGAGAUUGCAGCAAGAGUUUGAAAAGCAUGCCAGUCAGAACAACCAAAUUUCUUGAACAGGGUCUGUGAUGGUGCAACUCAAAGCCUGUCUCCACAGGUUUCUAAAAAAUCAAGUGUUCUAGCAUUCCAAGUUGGAUGAUGUGGUGCAGAUUAUGUUUUGACCAUAAUGAUCAGACUAUACAAAUAGUACAGUCUCGUGUAUCCGAGAUUGGUAAGAGGAGACAUACCUUUAUUGUCCAAUAUCCAACAUACUGACAGUGUCAGCAGAAGGUACAUGCUUGCUAUUUGUUUGCUUUGCCCUGUGUAGAGAGACCAGUAUGAUAUAUGUAGUAUAUGUUUUUGAUGGGCUGGUAUGUAGACAAAUUCAUUCAGCACACCUGUCAAAGACUAAUGCUGAUUCCCUGUCUUAGAGACUGAACUAUUUUGUCUCGCAUAUUGCAGUUUCAUUUCCUGAGACGAAUAAAAUUUAGUGGCUGUUUGGCUGUUUUCAGUUAAAAGCAGCAUUUGAUGUCACCAUCCUAGUUAUGAGACUGAUAUCACCAUCUCUUGAUUUGGUACUGAAUGUUUAUCUCUACAUUUCAAGAAGUUCAGUUCAGGAUGGAUAUUUCACAUUUCAGAUGUAAUUCGUUUUUGUAUUUAUUUGUGCAUGAUCAGUUUUGAGGACCAGUUAAAGAUCAAAUUGGCUGACCAAUAGCCCAAUUGAAUUUUGACACAAGAAGAAUUUUAUUGAAAGUACUGAAAAGAUCAAAUUUUAUGUGUAAGGUUUUACUUGGUUGGUGGAUGUGGUAAGCAUGUGAUUAAAUGCAUCAAAUCAUCAAGAAAAAAAGAUGAUCUUCAUAUUUUCAAAAGGUUAUAAAAGAAUUUGCAUAGUUCAUAAAAUGGUUAGAGAAUAUAUCAAAUUAAGAAGUAACAUAUCUGAUAAAAUGGUAAAACUUCUGUAGGAAUAGAAUUUACAUAGCUUAUACGAUAGAAAAGAUACAAGCCAUAAAGAACUUGUAUAGAUUGUACAAUGGUUGGAGAGAAGAUAAAACUUGUAUUCACACAUGUAGAACUUGAAUAGCUCAUUUAAUAGAAUGAGAGAAGAUGAAAGUUAUAAUAUGUAAUGGUUAAAGAGCUGAUCAAACUUGUAAAGAAUUUGUGCAGUUCACACAAUAGUUGGAGAGAUGAUCAUGUUAUACUGAAUUUAGCUUAUAUAGCUCAUACGAAGAUUGGGGAGAAGAUCAACUUGAGUGCAAGUCAAGGUCAUUUACAGAGCCUUUAUAUCAUCCUAUCCAAAGACCUUUGACCAAUCCUAGUGAGUAAAUUGUAAAUUUAAUAUUACAAAAUAUGUCAGAAAAAAAAAUGCAAUACUGGUCAACAUUACAACCCAAAAUUAAAACUCAUUUGGAAAUUUA